AUGCACCAUAUAUAUCGCCCUACGGUCCCCCAGAAGAGGCUACAACUUCUCAAAGCGGACUUGGGCCAGACUAUGCUUGCCAGCACAUAUGGUACACAGCCGCCGCUUUCGAUGCCAAUCGACCCCCAACUCAGCUAUCCUUACUACCCUGAGUCUUCUGGUUUCCAAUCUCAUAACUCGCAAGCUGCCAGCAGUCACUACCCAGACGCCCCAGUCUUCGACUAUCAGUCUUAUUCGCCCCACCUCUCUGGCCCUCAGCUCCAUGAACCUCAGCCUAACCUAGGAGACGACCAGAGUUACACAUUCAGCCCGCAAUACUAUGACCCAGGCUCCAGUGGUCCUUAUGCCUAUAGCAAUGCUGCACUUGAAAAUCCGUUUUCCAAUUCAGGAAUGUUUUUCGGCACCGAAAACUAUGACGCAGGUCUAGAUAGUAGGCUUGGCGACUAUGAACCGUCACUGAGAUAUCCGCUCCCCGACCCAAAUGUCCAUAACUGGCUAAGGAAUGACUUGGACGAAAGUGAAAAAGAAGUCCUCCCAUGGUAUCCUAGCGAGAAUAUGGCUGGGCGACUAAAUCAGGCAACAUAUUCUGAUCCUCAUAAUCUUGGGAAUUGGGGCUAUAACGGUCAGCCCUACGAUGAACCACCAACAUACACUCCGAACUAUCAAGAGUAUGCCCCGUACAUCUAUCCUUCUGAACUUCAUCAACCAUAUGGAAAUGAACUUCAAGGCGUACAAGCAUUCAAUGACGAUUAUGCUGCUGAUCAAUACAAUACUCACGGAGACAGUAACGCUCUGGAUGCCCCUUCGCCGAUCAUAGAAUAUCGAUCAUACGGACAGAAGAGUAACGCACCCCUACAAACGAUAUCGAUAUCGGCGCCUAGGGCUGUGUUCAUGUGGAAGAGAGCGCACUCAAGGGCGCACUGUUUAGGUGAUGUCAAUCACUCUGGGGACAGCUCUGAUGUCUCUUGGGAGUCUUUGCCCUAUAUAUCAAAAUUGAACAUCAAAACAAUGUCAAAUAACAAUGAUGAGCAGGCUCGCCGGGCUCAAGCUGCGCAGAACGCUCAGCCGGCUAGCAACGGCACCCAGCCCCAAAACCUUACUCCUCAGCAGUCUGAACAGGCUCAUAUAAGAGCAGCACUUCGAGUUGGCUACAUCAGUCCCGAGGUAACUUGGCAAAACAGGCAGCUCAACGCCGGUGUCCCGUAUCAACAGGUCAUCUCAGGGGGCUCCAAUUCUCAGUCUGCACUGCAACCGGGUCAAGGCUCUGGGUCUCGCACUGCUGAUAUCAGCAAUUUCCCCACAGUUCAGACUGGAGGCACUCAGCUUGGAGAUGAUCGAAUGAUGUGGGCAAGGAACUUCAUGCGCGGGCCAUCUGCACCUUUGACGCUCCCACCGGCUCCAACGGGACUACAUCCAGGUGAUCUACCUGCCCAUAUCAAAAACCCUGUCCCCAAGCCUGAUGAUGCGAACCCCCCUGAGAAUGAACAGAGUCGUCAAUGA